AUGAUGGGAGAUCAGCACGAUCGUGGUGACCACGAGGGCCACAACUACAUCCAUGCCAUCGAUGACACCAACUUCAUGCGCUUCGACUCGCUGGCGGUGCGCGCCCUGGGUGCCGGGCUCAGCUGGCGCGACGAAGACGCCAUCGAGGACGACAUCUUUCAGUGUGCGGUGAUGGGCCGGCACGAGCGCGUACGGUACCUCGUAGAGGUGAAGCGCGUGCAGGUGAAUCAGCGCGACAAGUGGGACUCUACGCCGCUCUAUUACGCCUGCUUGGCGGGCCACGAACCCCUCGUCCGCUACCUGCUUGAACAAGGAGCGCGUUGUGAGGAGAACACGUUCGAUGGCGAGCGCUGCUUCCACGCCGCGCUGACGAACGACAUCAGGCGCAUGCUCCGCGAGUACAAAGCGGUCUCGCGCACGCAUGACCCGUUCUCUGACUUCCUCCGCAACUCCUUCUACUACCACAUGGACGACUUGUCUGAGCGCCCGGACGACGAGCGUCCGCCGCACAGCGAUGUACACUUCAUCGUCAACGGAGUGCACACGUGGGCGCACAGGGUGGUGUUGGCCUCGCGUUCGGCGUACUUCAAGCAAAUGUUCCGCACGCGGUGGCAGGGCAAGCGGCGGGUGCUGCUCGCGCACCCCAAGCUCGACGCCGACGCGUUCAAGGCCGUGGUGCCCCGCAUUCUGCUCGACGAGACCGAGGCCAUGGUCAAGCAGUGCAAGCUGUGGGACCUCCACGGCGUGCUCCAGCGCGAGAUCAAGAAACAGAACGUGGGUCUGCCGCUACCGGAGCGUGUAGUGAUCGAGCUGGCGGAUAUUUACCGAAGCACCGAAACGCAACGCACCGGCCCGACGCCUCUGCAGUCCGCCUUUGGCCAGGUGGCCAUGCGAUCGAUUCGCAACGCGUUCAACGAGAGCGGCGACUGUGAUGAUGAUGACGACGAUGACGACAUGUUCGAGGACAUCGUGUUCAAGGUCGAGGGCAAGCGCUUCAAAUGCCACAAGUUCUUCUUCUGCGGCCGAUCCGAAUAUUUCCAGGCCCUGGUGAUGGGCAACUUCAGGGAGGGCGAGGGUAACGCCGCCGGCGACAACACCCCCGGCAGCGACCGCGAAGACGACGCCGACGUCAGCGUCGACCACGACUCGCCCGCGACGCGCGUCACCCGGGAGCUCGAGCUGAGCGACGUCUCGGCCGACGCGUUCGCGUUCAUCGUCGACUUCAUGUACACCGACAACGUCACCAACGCACUGCCCUUCGUGCAAGAGCUCCGGCGGCGCAGGGCGACCACUACUAUGACGGAGAAGAACGAAGACGAAGGGAACGAAGAAGAAAACGAAAGCGAAAGCGAGAAGGAGUGGCAUCUCGUCUACGAGGUGCUGCAGCUGUCGGACAUGUACAUGCUACCGGUGCUGCGCAAUUUGUGCUCGAUGCUGCUGUCCCAGUACAUCGACCUGGGCAACCUGUUCGACCUGGCCGACCUGGCGCAGCUGAUGGGCCUGGACCGCCUCGAGGAGCCCAUCAUCCAGUUCAUGGCGCUCAACCUCGAGGAGCUCGUGCGCCAACGCAAAGACACCUUCUCCGAGAUGAUCAGGGAGAGUGCCUAUUCGAUCGCCAAUCGGCAGGCGACGGACAGUAUUCCGAUCGUGGACGACAUUCGCUCGGCGCUCGACCGCAUGUUCCCCACCGACGACCUGGAGGCCGCCCAGACCUAUGAAGAAGAUGACGACUGGGAGGAUUGGGAAGAGGACAACCCCGACGGCGACGACGACCGUGACGCUGGCGACGACGGCGAAGAAGAAGAAGAAGUGAGCAUGAAAUCGAGAGUCAAGGCGAGGGUGAGGAGAAACGACAGGAUGGUGCAAGAAGAAGAAGGUGACGAAGGUGAAGACGGGGAACGAAGCGCUGGCAAGGUACCGGACGAGAGGAGCAACGCUGCGUGGACGCGGUACCAGUACGUGGUGGCAGCCAAGAACCGCAAGCUCGAACUGCUGGACCGGCUCAUCGAGGAGCUCGGCCUAAGCGGCUGA